GCCCACUUAUCUACUCAUUCCGUCGUUCGCGUAACUCAUACGUGUCCAAGUGAAAUGCACCUUUAUAAACCUGCGUUUUAUUAUCACGAAUGUGAGUUAAUCACUCACUUGUAGUCGAGCAAAAGUACACAUAUUUUGAUGAAACGAAAUACAUGACCAAAUUUUGGAUUUAGGGAAAGACGCUAUUGUUCCAAUUCCUCCCCCUUUCUGGGGAAGUGGGAGGAUCCGAGAAGGAGAAGCUAAGGAAAUAAUUGUUUGGGAACUCAGUCAUCCAAAAAACGGCCUUUCAAUUAGAAAGCUUGAUAAAAUGUCUGUGGCGUCGUUGUAAUGACUAAAGACGUAACGCCUAGGAGUUAAAAAUAAAGCAUCCUUCCAGGAUUUAAUUUCGUAGAAAUAGGAAAAUAAAAUUGAACAGAAUUCGUGGGAAAACACUACGGUGAAACUUUAGGUGUGGGUGCUGCUUUGAUCGUCUCCUGGUACAUAAUGUCAGGGUGGACUAAUCUGGGGCAGAGGGUUGGAACAUGGCUGCUCUGUGUGUUCCUGCACCUCCUGCAGGGUGGUGCCACUGUCACUGAUGAUAUUCCGGUGUUUUUUGAGGAGCCCAUCUCUAUGGUACAGAAAUUUGGAGGCAGCGUGACCCUGCGCUGUGGUGCUCGCCCUCCCACUGCAAAGAUAAGCUGGCGCCUGAAUGGGCGUGACCUGGGUCAGGGUGAGGAGAAGCAGAUUGUGCUGGUUCAACCAGGUAUCUUGGUCAUCCCCAACCUCACCAACCUCACGCUUGGCCGUUACCAGUGCAUUGCCAGCACCAGCGCAGGAGUGUGUGCCAGCCUGCCUGCUACUGUGACUGCAGCCAAGCUACGGGACUUUGAGACUGAUGAUCAGCAGGAGAUUGAAGUGGAUGAGGGGAACACAGCAGUGAUCCAGUGCCACCUGCCUGAGAGCCAGCCUAAAGCACAGGUUCGCUACAGUGUUAAACAGGAGUGGCUGGAGACAUCCAAAGGGAACUACCUCAUCAUGCCCUCAGGAAACCUGCAGAUUAUAAACGCCACCCAGGAAGAUGAGGGCACCUACAAAUGUGCCGCCUACAACCCUGUCACUCAGGAGUUUAAAACAUCUGCCUCUACUGACCGCCUGCGUAUACGCCGCUCCUCCUCCGAGGCAGCACGGAUUGUCUACCCCCCAGAAUCACGCACCAUCAUGGUCACUGAAGGCCAGCGGCUAGUCCUGGAGUGCGUUGCUAGCGGGAUCCCACCCCCACAGGUCACAUGGGCCAAGGAUGGUCUGGACUUACGUUACCAUAACAACACCCGUUUCCUGCUCAGCAACCUGCUGAUUGACAUGGCAAGCGAGGGUGACUCGGGCACAUAUAUCUGCCGUGCAGAUAAUGGCAUGGGUGCACCAAACUCUGCUUAUGUCCUGUACAACGUGCAGGUGUUCGAGCCCCCACAGGUGAGCAUGGAAAGGCAGCAGCAGUCUGCAUGGUGGGGGGACAGUGUGCGCUUCAGCUGCCUGGUGCGGGGCAAGCCUGCUCCAUCAGUAGUAUGGUUGCACAACGCACAGCCCCUGACCCCAUUGGCACGUUACCGCAUAUCCACACGUAUGCUGCGCGUGCUCAGUGUGGGCCCACAGGACCAGGGUCUGUACCAGUGUAUGGCCCACAAUGCUGUGGGCAGUGCCCAGGCCACUGCACACCUCAUCAUCCUCCCUACAGUGAAGCUCCCAUCUACAGAGAGACUGCAGCCCCUCAGUCCUGAUAUGGCUUUGCAAGAGUGGGCCCAAAAGCCUGUGGCCACAGGUGCAGUGGUACCUCAGAACUGCUCAGGGAUCCCUGGGGAGAUCUCUAAUGCUGAGGCCCCGGUUAUCCUCAGCCAGCCGCGCACAGUAAAGGCAGACUUCUAUGAGCUUGCCUGGAGACCUAGACACGAUGGGGGCGCACGUGUACAAGAAUAUAUCAUCAAAUACAGAAAGGCAGCCGACCCCUCUGAGGAGUGGAAUGUUAGAAGUAUCUCGGGCUUGCUCCACACCCUGACCCUUACUAAGCUAGAGCCUGCCAGUCUCUACGAGGUGGAGAUGGCUGCCAAAAACUGCGCUGGACUGGGCCAACCUGCCAUGGUCACCUUCCGAACCGGAAAAGUGCGUAAGAUGCAAGGCCCCGGGGGACCAAUUGAGCCUCCUAAAACUCCACCUGUGGAAUCCUCACGCCUGUCACCCCCUGAAGCUCCAGACCGCCCCACCAUCUCCAUGGCGACAGAGACCUCUGCAUAUGUAACCUGGAUCCCAAGGGGCAAUCGAGGGUUCCCAAUCCAGUCCUUCCGUGUGGAAAUGAGGCGCUUGCGGAAGGGGGGAGGAGAAUGGAGCAUUUCCGUUGCAAACAUACCCCCCUCCCGCCUGUCUGUAGAAAUCACUGGCCUGGAGAAAGGAACAUCAUAUAAGUUUCGGGUGCGAGCAGUGAAUGUUUUGGGGGAGAGCCCUCCUAGUGCCCCCUCUAAGGCAUACACUGUGGUGGGAAGCAGCCAUCGCAACACAGAACGGCCUGUCAAUGGACCUUACAUAACCUACAAUGAAGCUAUCAACGAGACCACUGUUAUACUGAAGUGGACGUACACACCUGUCAACAACAACACGCCCAUCUAUGGUUUCAACAUCUUUUACCGGCCCACUGACAGUGAUAAUGACAGUGACUAUAAGAAGGAUGUGGUGGAGGGUGACCGUUACUGGCAUUCUAUCACUGACCUGCAACCAGAGACUGCAUAUGACAUCAAGAUGCAGUGCUUUAACGAGGGUGGGGAGAGCGAGUUUGGCAAUGUGGUCAUCCUGGAGACCAAAGCUCGAAGAAACCCACGCCCCCAGCCACCUGAGACUGCCUUGGUGGCGCCAGUACACCCGGGUGGCCCAGUGCCACGUCCUAGUGACCUACCCUACCUGAUUGUGGGCGUGGUACUCGGAGCCAUUGUCUUCGUCAUUGUAGCCUUCAUCCCCUUCUGCCUGUGGAGGGCCUGGGCCAAACAGAAGCAAACGUCAGACCUGUGCUUCCCAGCUGUGGCAGCUCCUGUUUCAUCCUGCCAGUACACAAUGGUACCCCUGCAAGGUCUGCAUGACCCACACACAGAGCACGCCACCAACAACAAACACCCUGCAUUUUGCCAGCCCCAACUGCCACAGGAGGAGCGUGAGAUGGAAUGCAAUUCGUCACUCCCUCUGAUGGCUGUGUCAAAUCGGGUCUCGGUGCUCUAUGGCUACAGCAGCGCACCAGAGAAUCACGGUGAGAACUUCUGCCUGCCUGAUGACUCCACGCGGCAACUCCUCCCAGUCUCAGACCAACCAAACUGCCAUGGCGACCCAGCGGAUGUUGACCAGUGUAUCAGUAUACCCUUGGCCGAGGAGGGAGCUGUCAUUGCAGAUGCUCUCUGUGGUGGCCUUUUAAGUCCGGUGAAGGAAGGUCAACAUCCCACCUGGUCACUUCAGGGAAACCCCUCCAACGAUGCAUUGCAGCAAGAAGUAAAUAGCUGUCAAAUGGAGGCACAGCUGCACCAGCGAGGGACACAGGAUACUGAUGGAUAAGACUGUCACAAAGGAGCUGGAAAAUAUUUAUUUUUGUAUAACACACAUAUUUAUAUAUUUAUGCUCUUGUAAGUAGAUCUAUACACUAUGUGUUUUGUUAUACUGUAUAUUAGGAGUAUGUUUGUUUUUCAAAUUUGGUGAAAUUAACAAAUGAGCUCCAUUGCCAGAACAAGGACAAAAGGAGUAUUUAUAAUGUCUGAGUCAUGCUCUGUAUUCAGUUAAUAUAUUAUAAUAUAAUAUAUUCUGAGGCUCAGAAAAGGAUGUAUGUGUCCUGCUAUUUAUAGAAUAUGAAUAAUAAUUAUUGGCGAAUGAUUAAGGCCCUGCUUUUGUAUAGAGAUUUAGGGGGUUACAUUAUCUGAUACAUUUGGCUGUAAUGAACAGAUAUUAAAAUUGAAAGCAUGCUGCCUUAAAGUAGACAAAGAGAGUGAAUAUAUUUGCAUAGAUGUUUAUUUGUUUGAGCCUAUAUCAAUUUAUAAGUGGAAACUGCAAGCCUGGUGUAACAAAAGAAGAUAAAUAUUUGAUAAUAGUUUCUGUUCUCAUGUUGGCAUUGAACAAAGAGAUUAGUUGUGUUCAUGUUCCAGGGAGUCAGCUCUGUUUGAACCCUCAAUGCCCCCCCCCCCCUCCCCUCCCCUCCCC